UCGCCCGCUAAGCCGCUCGCCCGGGGCGCCGCUCUUUCUCUUUUCUCUCUUUUUCUCUGUUCGUCUGUCUCUCGCUGAUGCGGCCGCGCUGAGGCCGAUGCGGGCGCCGCCAUGCCGCGCUGCCUCAUGGCCAAGAAGUGGAAGGUGGCCCCUGCGGCGGAGCUGGCCGAGGAGUCUGACGAGGAGAUCGACGUGGUUGGCGAGGGGCGCGGCCGCAGCCCCGCGCCCGCCGCCACCGCCCCGGGUCCUUCUCCCAGAGACCCCGAGCCAACGCUCCUCUACAACGGUUACACCGAGGAGCGGCCUUCCACACAGUUUACCGCCCAGCUCCCGAGUGAGGUGAGCCCGGCCCCCGCCGGCCCCGCCCCCACUCCUCAGCCGGCGCUUCAGCCUCUAUCCUAUGCCCUUCUGCACCUCUCCGCCUCAGACUCGACAGACCCGCCUUUCCUCCAGGUACCGCUCCCGUCUUCGCCUGUCUCCCCUCCUCCGCCACCGGCGAGCGGCAAAUCCAUCUCCAUGUGCUACACCAGCACUGGAACACUCCUCUCUCUGCCACCGAAGAAGAAAGACAUCUACCGCCCAUACUGCCUCGUGGACCGCGCGUCACACCUCAACCGCCCCGAGGAGGACCUCAAUGCAGCACAUGCCAUCCUCGACCUCAGCCAGCACGUGUUCUUGUCGCCGCGCGUGGAGCCGGCGCCCCCCGAGUCUGUGCCAGCCCCCCCACCACCUGCACCAUCACCGCCACCACCGCCGCCACCACCACCUCCGCCACCACCACCCGAACAACCUGCACAAGAAACAGUCACUGAGCGACCACGAGAGACCAUCGCAUAUACUUAUGACGCAUUUUUCGUCAGUGAUGGCCGUUCCAAGCGCAGAAACUAUGCAAACGCGCCCGUCGAGGCAAUUCCACCACCUGAACCUAAAUCAAAGUAUACGUGCAGCGAGUGUGGUAAGCGCUAUGCCACUUCAUCCAAUCUGUCGCGCCACAAGCAGACGCACCGCAGCCUGGACUCGGUGGCGGCCAAACGGUGUGGCGAGUGCGGGAAGGCGUACGUGUCCAUGCCGGCGCUGGCCAUGCACGUGCUGACACAUCAACUAUCGCACGUGUGUGGCGUUUGCGGGAAGCUAUUUUCGCGACCAUGGCUUCUACAAGGCCACCUCCGCUCUCACACGGGUGAAAAGCCUUAUGGCUGCGCACAUUGUGGCAAAGCUUUUGCGGAUCGAUCAAAUCUACGCGCACACAUGCAAACGCAUUCAUCGGACAAGAAUUUUGAGUGUACGCGAUGCCACAAGACGUUUGCACUCAAGAGUUAUCUAAACAAGCACCAGGAGUCAGCGUGCGUACGAGAAGAUGAAGACGAAUCGCCGUCGCCCGAGCCGGCCGCGCCCGUCUCCGCGUCCGGCUAAGGGCUACGCAAGCCGAAGCAACUAGGGACCGUAACCACCGCCGAAUGGUUUAUUCGUAAACAUAAAGUAUUAAUAUGAAUUUAGCUUCUUAGCGUAAUAUUAAAUUUACAAUAUGACAGGAGCGAGCGCGUCGGGCGGGCGCCGCAUCGCGCGCCGGACGCGCCGCGACACAAUCGAGCAACGUUUCGCAUACAACGAAUCACGUACGACCCCGUAGAGCCGCGGCCAACGCGGCCGCAGGCCGUAGCGUCACACGUCCCGAUAGCGGUAAUUUAAUAUUAAAUAUGUAUAUAGUCGUCGAUAAAAUAUACCCUUAUAUACAUAGAUGUAUUGAAAUAUGAAUGAAAACUAAUAUCUUUUGUAGGUGAUUUUUACAACCGCAAAGUAGGUUAGAGAGUAUUAGAGUGUAAGUUUAGCGUCGAGAUGCGAGAGCCGAGCGCCGAGGUCGCGGGUGGAGGGUCGCCUCCUCCGUCUCGGUGAGGAACUUGCCAAAACUUUCCGUCCGAAGCUCCGCACACACGCCGCCGCAGCGCCGCAGCGCACCGCGGCCCGCGACAGUGCCUUACCUCUCGCCCCGCCGCGGCACCACCCCCGCACGCGCGCACUACUUCCUACUGCUCACCCUCGCUACUACUCGUUACUUAACACGCUGGCAACGUUCUCAAAUUCCGUUUGCGUUAACUCUAACUCAAUCUACGGACCUUGCUCGUAUUCUAAAUGAAUUCCUAAACUGUUUUCAAACCUCAAAAGUUGAAAUAUAUCCAUACUUCAUUUUCUAUCAUCUGAUCGGGUUGUUUUUAAAUUACACAAAUAAUUAGUGUCUGAAUUGAAGUACCUAUAACUCGCAAGUUAAGAGUGCGGGGGCGCGUGAAGGGCGAAGGCGGGGGUCGGUCGCCCUGUGGCGGCGACAGGGCAGGGCCGCGCGCCACAGCGUGCAAGCCUUUAGUCGAGCGUGUGUCUUUAGGUGACAAGUCAAACGUAACUGGCAAUAAACUAACUUAGCAUAAGGUAGCAUUAACGUAGGUUAACGAGGCGAGCACGAGGUGCUCGGUCAGAAAUGGGUAUUCGAAAAGCAAUAAUAAUGUAGGUAAAGUCGCGCACCGCUGUCAAAUAGACGCAGCAGACUACAUAUUCUAUUGACCCUGUAGUUCUCCGUAGAUGUUAGCUGUCCCCUACAUCGGCGUCACGGGCUCGACUUCGUUCGUACGAAAGUAUUACGCUAUAAACGCGAUUAGUAGGAAUGUAGCAGCUAGUAUGUAGUGUUGAAUUUGGCAGGUUCGAGUUCUGCCCGCGGGGUCGAUGCCUUCCCUUAGUCUAUUAGUUGGUGCCUCGAGUCAAUUCGUCGUUGGUGUUUAUUUAAACCCAGUCAAUUAAAAUAUUUUCCAUAAAAGUUCCUGUAUUAUAGCAAACCGUUUUGGGAUUUCUCUUUAUAAAAUUUUCUAUACCUUUUGAGAUAACUUUUAGUUUUGUGUGCAUUGCAUAGUAUUUGGUAAAAAAUAUUUUUUAAGUCGAAAACAACGGUAACAAUACCAGAGGAGAUAAAUCAAUUGAUUUGGCAUUAGAUGAAUGACUACAGUUACUUUUUCAAUUGUAUGUUUUGUGUGCUGAAAAUUAUUGGAAUAUUGUUACUAAAUUCUUUGAACCUUCACUUUACAUGCGACAGGAAAGCCUCUAGAGGCACUAAACUGAACACUAGUAAUUAUAUUCCUUAUCCAACAUACUCCUAAUAGUAGCUGUAGUGCCACAUUUAUCUACUUUCUUAGAUACUAUAGUUCUCUUCCCUUUAAUACAUUAACCUUUUGAUCGCCGACUGAUUAGUUUAUCUAAGACAUUUAAUCAUUAAUAUAUUGAAGAAUAAUACUGAUAUUAAUAAUAAAUAGUAUGUAUUAAAUAAUAAUAGAUUAGACAGUGUACAUUUGGGUACAUUGUACCAAAGCGGCGAUCAUGUGGUUACAAAAUAUUUAUUUUAUAAUGUUUAGGGUACGCCAGACAAAGGUGACGCGUGAAAAGCAAUAUUAAGGUAAAUCAAUAAGCAAUAUUAUGUGGUAGAGUCGAUUGGCUAAAUUUAAAAUUAGAAUAUUAGAUAUUUUGGUGCUUUGGAGUUAUAUUGAACUAAAUUGAAACGAAAUUAACAUCGAAUAUUGAGUAAUGGAUUGUUAUAAGAGCGACCACGUCUUCAGUUUAGAAUGUACUCAAAUAAAUCUAUAUACAGUCUAUUAUCUAUUGACCUACUGGUUUCCCUUCCCUUUCAUCUUCUUUCUAGUAUCUAGCCUUACUCCUAGUCUAGUUGAUCUAUGUAUACCCUCUAAUACUCCCUUCUUCGAGGAACCCUUUCCUAUUCUUCUUAGCUCUCCCUACUGGUCUAAAGUAGAACUAGCAGACUAAUUGCUUGUAAUGUAAAAUAAAAUUAAAAACGAAGAUAUUUUAUUCAAAUAUUUAUACUAACGUUAUUGUAAUUGUAGCAGUUAUGCAGUUAGGUAACUAACCAUUAAUAAUAACGAAACCAACUUAUAUUAUACAAAAUAUAUAAUAUACAUCGUAAUGUAAAUAUGUCCCUGUGUACCAAAUUUCCCUUCUUUACAAUUUUUGUAGAUGUAGAAUUAAUGAAUUAUCUUUAUAACUAUACAUUAAACCUGUACUAUAGCGACCGGGAAUCUGGUAACGUUACUUAGUAAGUCCACCAUUAGACUUGAUAGUGUACACAUAUAAUGUAUUAUAUAACUAACUACCUACUCCAGUACCAACUCGCGCCGACGAAACUUUACAUUCCCAUCGCCGGUAAUACUUUUCACAACUAAACGGUUUUAAAAAUCAAACCUCCAUUUACCUUAGUCAAUAGAUACGAUACAAAUAAAAUGUAAAUGUAAAAAGUACUUUAACGAAUGCAAGGUACACACGAAAUAUUUCCAUUAAGUCAACGAGUUAAGUCGAAGUUGUGUAAUUUCGAAUUCAUAAGGAUCUUUAAAUUAAAUUAAACUCAGUGAUAUAACUAAAAAAUUGUCCAAAUUAGCAAUACGAUAAGCAAUAUUAAUUAAGAUAAAGUCAAGGCCGUAAACGAAGUUAGGAUUGUAAAUUAGAGACGAACUCACCACAUAAACAUUUCAGCCACGCAGAGCACGAACUUACAUACAUACAUUCCACAUUAUAAUUAAUUCAUUUCCAAAGACUACGUAUGCCUCAGUUAAUUAAAAAAAAAACACAUUUAGGUCACAUAAAAACGCUUUGGAGAAUUCAUUAACGUUUCGCUGGCACAGCAACACAUUUGCCGUCAAUUUCAAAUAAUUAUUUUGCAACGCCUGCAAAAUGGCGCGACACAGUUUUUAGCGCGCUUAUAUUUAUGUGAACACAUCAAAUUGUGCACGUGAGCGUCCGAAGCAGGGAUAUUUCACCACGACAACUUUGUAUGUCGGAUUACAUUAGAUUUUACUGAGUAAUCAAAUAAAUAACACCGUGGGAAACGUACAAUAUGGCUGCGUAUUGUAUGUUUUAGUACAGAGUCCACGUGCACCGUAACAUUAACUGUGAGCUCACACUAAGCCACUCCACGACUUAGAAUGAGCUGGGAACGAACAUCAUCAAUGCUUCAACGCUCCAUUAUAUCCAAAAACAAUGCACACUCCAUCACAUUCACCAAAGUCCUAACAUCGUUUACAAAAAGUAUACAUAUUUCUAGACACUUACUAUAAUACCUAGCAUACGGCAAUAAUAUGACUACUAUAAGAAGAGCAAUAAUAAAAGCAAUAUUAUUUUAUAAAUUUAGUUGUGGGAUGCGGAAAUUAAAUUUGGCUAAGUAAGUAGACUGGAAACUAAAGUGAUAUGAUGUUUUAUAAAAUUUCGUUGUUUCUAUUGCUUAGGAUAAAAAAUAUUACG